GGUGCAGGUGCCCUGUCUCUCGGAGAGAGGAUGCGAACGGAAAGAAGGGGAGGGAAGGGGAGCGCUGAAGAAAACGUGCACGGGGCAUGAAUAAAAGGGAGUCAGCGGGAGAUUGUGUGUUCGCCGUCAGAGGGGCUCGGCUAUGAAAGAUUUACUGAAAGGGGCACUUUGAGAUAUGAUGAGGUUUCUCUCUGGUCGGCGAUAGUACUAUGAUUUGGUAUGUGGCCACUUUGAUAGCAAGUGUAUUCAGCACGAGAGGAACGGCAGCUCAAGGUGCCCACGGAGUCCGAGACGAGCCCCAGUUUGUGACGGCGCGCGCUGGAGAGAGCGUGAUCCUGGGGUGCGACGUGUCUCACCCGCUGAACGGCCAGCAGACGCCCUACGUGGUGGAGUGGUUCAAGUUCGGAGUGCCCAUCCCCUUCUUCAUCAACUUCCGCUUCUACCCUCCUCAUGUGGACCCGGAGUAUGCGGGCCGCGCCAGCCUGCAUGGGAAGGCCUCGCUGCGGGUGGACCGGGUGCGAUACGAGGACCAGGGCUGGUACGAGUGCAAGGUCCUGAUGCUGGAGCAGCAGUACGACACCUUCCACAACGGCAGCUGGGUUCACCUGACCGUCAACGCCCCUCCGACCUUCACAGACACACCCCCGCAGUACGUGGAGGCGAAGGAAGGGGGCAGCAUCACCUUGAGCUGCACAGCGUUCGGGAACCCCAAACCCGUGGUCAGCUGGCUCAGAGAGGGAGAAGUGCUGGUGGACAGCGAGAAGUACAAGGUAAGCGAUGGGAGUGUUACGGUGCGAGCGAUCAGCCGGGAGGACCGAGGUGCGUACACCUGCAGAGCACACAGCGUCCAGGGAGAAGCUGUCCACACCACCCGGCUGCUGGUACAAGGGCCGCCAUUUAUCGUGUCUCCACCCGAGAACAUUACCGUAAACAUAUCCCAGAAUGCACUCUUCACCUGUCAAGCAGAGGCGUAUCCCGGCAACCUGACCUACACCUGGUUUUGGGAGGAAGAUAACGUCUACUUCAAGAAUGAUCUGAAGCUCAGAGUCCGCAUCUUGAUUGACGGGACCCUCAUCAUCUUCCGGGUGAAACCAGAGGAUGCUGGGAGAUACACCUGCAGCCCGAGUAACAGCCUCGGACACGCGCCAACUGCGUCUGCGCAUCUGACUGUCCAAUACCCUGCCAGAGUCGUGAACAUGCCACCCAUCAUCUACGUCCCGCGAAAACUGCCAGGAUUCAUACGCUGCCCAGCGGACGCCAACCCGCCCGUGACCUCCGUGAAGUGGGAGAAAGAUGGCCUCCCUCUGAGGGUGGAUAAGUACCCCGGCUGGAGCCAACUGGAGGAUGGGAGCAUUCGUGUGGAGGAGGUGACAGAGGACUCUCUCGGCACCUACACUUGUGUGCCUUACAACAUCCUGGGCACCAUGGGGCAGUCCCCCCCGGCCACCCUGGUGCUAAAGGAUCCCCCUUAUUUCAACGUGCGCCCCGGGGGGGAGUACCGUCAGGAGGCGGGGAGAGAGCUGGUCAUCCCCUGUGCUGCUUCCGGAGACCCAGAGAUCCCGGCCAUCACGUGGAGAAAAGUAGGGAAGCCCAGCAGAAGCAAGCACAACGUCCUGCCUAGCGGCAGCUUACAGUUCACCUCCCUCAGCAAAGAGGACCAUGGCGAGUGGGAGUGUGUUGCCACCAAUGUCGUCACCAGCAUCACUGCCAGCACACGCCUCUUUGUCAUCGGCACAAGCCCCCACGCCCCCACCAACAUCCACGUGUCCGUCUCCAUGACCUCAGCCAACGUCUCCUGGCAGCCCGGAUACGAUGGCGGAUUCGAGCAGACAUUCUCAGUCUGGGUGAAGCGGGCUCAGUUCGGACCCCAUGACUGGCGCUCCCUGCCCGUCCCCGGGACGCAGAGCUGGCUGUUGGUGCAGGGGUUGGAGCCUGAGACGGCGUACCAGUUCAGCGUGCUGGCGCAGAACAAGCUGGGCACCGGCCCCUUCAGCGAGGUCGUCACUGUGAACACACUAGUAUUUCCUAUAAGUACCCCUGAAACAAUGGUGCUGCUGACCCCACCACGGUGCCUCACAGCCAAUCGGACGCAGCAGGGAGUUCUGCUGACGUGGCUCCCUCCAGCCAAUCACACGUCACCGAUCAGCCAUUACAUCAUGGAGUUCCGCCUGGGAGAGAGGUGGGAAGUCCUGGACGACACCAUCCCCGCCGGGGAGACUGAGCUGAUGGCGAAAGAUCUUGUUCAGGAGGCGUGGUAUGAGUUUCGAGUGAUGGCCGCCAUGGACGAUGUCAUCAGCGAGAGCAGUAAUGUUGUGGGAGUAUCGGGCUCAGAUCUCUUCGCUACCCCAGAGAUGGCCGACGACGGCCUGGCACGGCCGGUGGUGGCGGGAAUCGUGGCCACCAUCUGCUUCCUGGCGGCUGCCAUCCUCUUCAGCACUCUGGCGGCCUGCUUCGUCAACAAGCAGCGGCGGCGCAAGCUCAAGCGCAAGCGAGAUCCUCCUCUUUCAAUAACACACUGCAGGAAAAGUAUGGAGACGCCGUCAUCGUCGGGGAAGGUGAGUCCAGAGAGUGAGCGUUCCUUCCGGGCCCCGUCGGAGUCGUCAGAUGACGGUCACGGCCUGCACGUGCGGAGGAUCCCGAGCCCCGCGAGGGAGAAAGAGCUGUCGCUCUACAAGAAGACCAAGCGCGCCAUCGCCGGCAAGAAGUACAGCGUGGCCAAGCACGAGGCGGAGGCCACCACGCCCAUCGAGCUGAUCAGCCGCGGCCCCGACGGACGCUUCAUCAUGGACCCGUCUGCCGGCGAGGCCCCCACCCGGCCCCGCCGCAUCGAGGGCUUCCCCUUCGUGGAGGAGUCGGACCUGUACCCUGAGUUCCGGCAGUCGGAUGAGGAGAACGACGACCCCGGGCCCAUGCCCCCGAUGAUGCCCACCCUGAGGCCCCAGAUCUCCCCCAUGUCCUCCAGCCAGGAGUCCUACAUGCAGCCCCCAGCCUACAGCCCGCGCCUGCAGCGGCCCACGGAGGGCAUGACCAUCACGGAGGCUGGCCGGCUCCAAGCCGUGGGACAAAGCCGAGUCCCGCGGCACUUCCCCCAUGGCCCGUUUUACGGUUACCGUGGCAGCCCCGGCGAGACGGAGUUCCCUCCCCCCUUCUACAUGCCUGAGGUCAGCCCCCACAGCUCCAUCAUGUCCUCGCCCCCUCCGUUCGGCUACCCCGCCAUCCCGGAGGAGAGCGUGGAGGGUGACGCCGGGCACUACGCGGCGUCCGGCAGCACCCUCCCCCUGACGCACACCCCUUCCACCCGCUCCCCGGAGACUUGGCAGCAGCCCGAUUUCCCCUUCGCCGGUCUGGAGGGGCCUCACCUUGUGUUCCCUCCCCACCACCCCCUGCAUCCGCAGCGGGACCUUCCCGAACCCCCCCCGCCGCCUCCCCAGGGCUUGCCCCCCGGAGGCCUCCACCUUUCCUCCCUGCAGUUCCCCCCGUACCCCGGCACCCUGCACCUGGAGGCCCCGAAAACCCGCCCCAGCAAGUCUCCCAGCAAGGCCAAGCCCCAGGGCCUUCCAGCCAAGCAUUUAACUAUGCAAGAGGCGCAGAGUCUAGGGCAGCUAAGACACACCAGCCACGGUUUGGGUGUACCGGUGUUGCCUUACCCCGACCCAGCUUCCCACAGGAGUAGCCCAAGCACAUUCGGCGGCCCGGACACCCGCUGGUACGACCCGCAAUCCCGGAUGAGCCCACGGACGGCGCGUCGGGCGGCAGACCCCAGCCUGCACCAGGUGGUCCUCCAGCCAUCGCGACUCUCCCCUCUUGCCCAGAGCCCCCCCAGCUCUCAGGAUGGAUCCCCGGAAAUCGUGGUGCGCCCCCGGCCCCGCCCGAGUGCCUCCCAGCCCGCCCCGCCCGCGGAGACGUCCGAGAUCACCCUGCAGCCGCCUGGCGCCGUCAGCUUCUCCCGGCGGGCGUCGCCCGCGACCUCGCCCACUGAGGGGCCGUCGGGGGGCCGCCAGGCGAGCCCUAGUGUCCGUGCUGCCAUGGCGUUUGCCACCGCCGCAGCCAGCUACCCCUCGCAGUCCCCCUCGCCCCCCACGGAGAGCAGCGACAUUUUCGGGCAGGUGCCGUCACAGAGGAGGACAGACGAGGAGAUCCUGCCGUCCGAGCCCUCCCCCCAUCAGCUGUCGGCUUCAGGGAAACAUCUAGGUGCAUCGAGUCCCCCUGCAGGGUCUGAGAGUGUUGAAGCACUGAGGUACCGACGGGUUAAAAAAGCCAAAAAGGUGGCCACCAACAACAACAACUCCAAAUCCAAGAGGAAACCAGGUGUGUCCACCUCUCAGACCAGGCAGCUCCACGCCUCUCAGGUUCUCCAGCCCGAGGAAGCUCUCUACCUCCGCAAGAAGAAGAAACGGUUCGCCAGGCAGGACCCCUACGCCCGCCUCUCUGCCCUGCUGUACCGCCGCCCACCGCGGGACGACCAGAAGGCCAUCCUGGCCAGCAUGGACACGGCGGAUUCAGACAACAUCACCCUCCUGUGAGGCUGCUCAGCCUACGCGACAACCCCGUCCUGAAACCUACGGUCCCGACCCUCAGCACGUACAGUACUGUCCCUCUCCAAAACCAACUAAUGCUUUUCCUGUCAUUCUCCUCAAAUAAUUUACAAAGGAUAAUUUUUUAUUACCCCCCCCCCCCCCAUCUUCCCAAAAGUUUUACUCCAGUGCAAAACAUAAAUUCAGAACAACAUUUAAGAGUAAAAUACAGGUCACUUCUCACAGGAAUGCGCAGUUAUUCAACAUUAACACAA